GUGCUGUUGUCCAGAUAUUAAUAUUUGCGUAGAAGGCAAAGAUUUUCAAGCUCACAGGGCCAUUUUAUGUGCCAGAUCUAGUUACUUUGCUGCUAUGCUGAGUGGAAGCUGGGCUGAAAGCUCUCAAGAGCACAUCACUCUUCAAGGCAUAAGCCAUACAGAAAUGAAUGUGGUCUUGCAUUUUAUAUAUGGAGCUAUUUUGGACUUUCCAGAGGAAGUUGAUGUUGGUCGCAUGUUGGGCAUUGCAGACAUGUAUGGGCUGGAUGGAUUAAAGGAAGUAGCUAUCUACAUUUUGAAAAGAGAUUACUGCAAUUUCUUCCAAAAGCCUGUUCCUGGCAAACAGCAGCCUGUCCUGGAAUGCAUGGCUAUUGCUCAUUCAUUGGGAGUGGAAAAUCUAUAUGCUGCUUGCUUGAAAUGGGUAGGAAAACAUUUUGCAAGAUGUUUCAGAGAAAAGCUUUGCCAAUUUACCUACUGAACUUCAGAACAAUUGUCUUGUUAUGUUGAUUAACUCUUUGAACCACAAGAAUGCAGCUUCCCGUCUGAUGGAGAGUGACCGGCUGAUCAAUAGCCUUCCCCGAGUGAAAUGGACAGAGGCAGCUGUGGCCUUGGCAUCACGGCUGCAUGAGGAAUGUGUAACCUUUAUUGUUGCAAACUUCCUACACGUAGUACAAAAUGAAGGCUUCUCUGUUUUGUUGCAGGCACAGGCAAUGAGCAGUGAACCUGAUCUUCUAGAACUAAUUUUCAAUGCAAUUGAAAAAAGCAUUAAUAAUGAAAAUAGCUGCUUUCUUCUUGUAGCAGUCGAUAUGUUGCUGGACUCCACAAAUGUGAAAGAGAUGGGUUUUACGUGCAAGAUCCAGGCGCUGCGUGAUAAGCUCUGGCUCUUCCUGGUUCAGUCUUUUUAUGCUGUUCGUCACACAGAGGGCUGGAAGCUGAUGAGGCCAGACCAUCAACAGAAAAUACAAGCAGCUGCAUUUGACAAGGGUGAUGACCGAAGACUUGGCAAAAAACCUGUAUUCACCAGUUCUCAGCUAAAUAAAGCUACUACUGCAUCUGUUGGUACAAGGAAUACUUCCUGGGCAGAACACAGCAAGAAACAUUGCUGGGGAGAUUCUUCCACUAAUCAGGAUAAAAUGAAAUCUGAUGGAUUAGGAGCAUCUGGACAUGCAUCCACCAAUAGAAACACUGUUAAUAAGACUUCAAAGCAUGAGGAUGUAAAGGGGAAAGAUGGCAAAAAGUUAGUUUCCAAGAUUACUAAGGAUUCCAAACCUGGGGAAAAAGCUGCUUUGCCAAAGGCUAGAGCCGUUAUAAAGACAAAAAUAGAAAAUAAUGGAAAUCUGAAGGCUGAAAGCAUGCUUACCAAGCAAGAUACAGAAAAGACAUCAUCUGCAAGUGGACAAAAAAAUUCAGGAAGCAGCAAAGGACUAAAGAAUCAUGAAGGAAAAAUUGCAGGUGCCAGACCUAAAGUGCUGACAGUAACCUCAAGCACACAGAACAAAACAAAGCCAUUGAAAAAAACCUCAGGGAAGGAAUCUCCCUCCUUGGUGACUGUGGCAGCAACUUCCAGCAAGUCAGCAAAUUCAGACAUGGAUAUCCAGACUGUGGGUGAACAGAUAGAGGAACCCAAAGAGGAUAAAUCUGUAGAGGAAGGGAAAAAGCAGAGUGUAGUGAAAACAAAAGCAUCUGUGAAGGUAUCAAAUGGAGUCACAACCAAAAAAAAAAAGACUGAGAUUGAGGCUAACGUGACAACAAGCAGUCUGACAAAAAAAACAACAGGAAAAGGGUGUAAUGAGCAAAAUGUACAAGCUGGUCUAAAGAAAAAAGGGAAUGUGAGUACAAAUUCUGCAGCACAGCAAAAGACUCAAAACACACCUACCAAUUCUCCCAAGAACCAAGGACCUCAGGGGGAAUCGACAAAUUCACUGAAAUCAGGAACGUCUCCAAAACAUAAUGAAGAAAAAAAUGUGAUACAACACCUGGUUCAGACAACACUCCCAGAAAAACACCCUUCAGCUAAGAAGAAGAGUAUUAAACAAUCACAAACACCUGUAACAAAAGCCACUUCAAAAAUAACAGCUAAGAGUCCGGCUCCAUCAAAGAAUGCUGAGAGUACAAAUAGUAAAGACCCAAAACAAAAAACAACUGUAUUAAAAUCUCAGUCCUCUGCCCAAAAGCAUUCAAGGAAUGAUUCUCCUGUUGUCCAGAAGAAUGUGCACACCUCUGAGCACAGAGUUUCAGGACAGAAACUUGAGAAAAGCAUGGCUGAUGCUGUGGCAGGUCAGCUUCAUGACAAUAAUGAAUGCUAUUCUGCAAAUGAAUCUUUAAAACCUGCCACAAAAAGUAACAGUGACAAUAAAUUGCUGGAGUCUUGCCAAUCCAAUAAACAAAACCUCCCAGAUUCUUCUCAAACUGUGCAAUACGAAAAAGAAUCCGAAUCUCCUUUUCCUCAAAUUGCAGAAGAAACUAUUCAUAAACUGAAUGUUUCAUUACAAAAUGACAUGGAAACAAGACAAAUCUGUGGAGAUCAGACUGGAAUUAGAAAGACUGAAGAUCCAGAGAAAGAUGAUAAGACAGCUGAAUUUCAUUGUCAUGCACAGUCUUCCAACAAUGGAUAUUCAGACUUUUCCAAGGAAACCAAUCAAAAGGCUAUUGUUUUAGGAGAACUGAUUAAAGAUUCAAAAGCAACAAAAGCCAGUAAUGAACAGAGUGAUAAAAUAAACUCUGAAACAGGUCUUAAUUAUGGUGAAAGUGCUUUGUCAAGCUUUUACCAAGUAACCAAUGAAGAGGAUGAGACAUCAUCUCCUCAGAUCCAUGUGGAAGGAUUUCUUACAGUUGAUGAACUGUGUGAUACAUCAGCCUUGACUGAAUACAAAUCAGUUACAACAGAUGCAGACGAUGCUUCAGAAUGUUCCACAGAACAAAUAACAGAAAAAUAUUCACCUAAUUACACAGAGCUUAUAGAGCCUAUGGAAAUGCCAGAAAACCAUGAAAAUGCAGAAAUUCCCUUUGUGGACCACUGGAGUACUGGUGCUGUAGAUCCAAAAGAGAGUCCUGAAUCAGAUACUGGCAGUGCAACCACAUCCUCUGAUGAUAUAAAACCAAGAUCAGAAGAUUAUGAUGCUGGAGGCUCUCAGGACGAUGAGGGAUCCAAUGAAAGAGGGAUUUCUAAAUGCAGUACUAUGUUAUGUCAUGAUUUUCUUGGACGAAGCAGCAGUGACACAAGUACACCUGAAGAAUUAAAAAUUUAUGAUAGCAGCCUAAGAAUAGAAGUGAAAAUGAAAAAAGAAGGUUCUGAUCUCUUUCGUGUUAAUUCAACAAGUGAUGAUGAAAUACCAAGAAAAAGACCUGAAAUUUGGUCCCAUCAAGAGAGUUCACGGAGCACUACUAGAGAAAGCAAAAAUUCUACUUUUGGUAAUGCACAGUUUACUCAGGAAGCAGACCAAGUUUCUUCCUCUGCUGAUGAAACAGAAGAUGACAGAUCUGAAGGAGAGAACGUUGCAGAAAAGUUUCCCCCAUCAAAUGUUCCUACUCAACAGUUCCAAGGAAUUGAUAACUUAGCUUUUGAGGAUGCAACAGAAAAUGAUACUGCCAGUCAGGAGUUUUCUAAAACGAAAAAUUUCAAACGAUCUGUUUUACUUUCAGUGGAUGAAUGUGAAGAAUUGGGAGCUGAUGAUAAAGUGGAAACUCACACUUCACGUCAGUGCUCAGUAGAUUCUCUUACUCCAGAAGUAUUUGACAGUGUUUCUCAAGAGCACCAUGGAAAAACAUUUUAUUCAAAAUACUCAUUGGAAACUGAAGGAGGAUUCCUGGAUGGUACACAGCACAAGGAUGGAGACAAUAGAUCAGAUAAAAGUGGAAGUUCUCCCCUGCAUCUUCACGGUACUGAAAUCCCAAGAAAGGAGAAUCAAGGUGCUUCAAUGACUGAACAAAAUUGCCCAGAGAAAGUAUAUUCAGCAGGUAGUCCACAGGCUGGAGAAAACCAGCAAGUAAAUAUGAAGAAUGAGGUGGCUAGUGAAUUUCACCAGUGUAGUAAGUACUUAGACAAUGAUGCAAAAUCUCAAGAAAGACCAUGUCAUCUGGAUCUUCAGCAGAGAGAAACUAAUUCUGAUGUGCAAAAGAGCAGCUCUGCAAAACCUGUAGAAGCCAGUAAGAAUCAGAUGCUGACUCAGGAAAGUCAAGUGAGAGACAGUCAACCAGCAACUACUGAAUGCGCUAAUACUGAUUUACUUCCAGGAGACAUAGAUGAUUAUGACACAAUGGCACAAACCUGCAUGUAUGAACAUCGGCCUUCAAAAACCCUUUCUCCAAUAUAUGAGAUGGAUGUUGGAGAAGCAAUUGAGCAGAGGAUGGAUUCAGAAACAGCAGUUCUAGAGAUGGAUUUUGAAGAUCAACAGUUUGCAGAACAGGACUGGACUCUACUCAGGCAAUUGUUAUCUGUGCAGGACUCAAAUAUAGAUUUCAAAAACUCUGUUCCUGAAGACCUUAACUUAGCACAAUGUCUUAUCAAUCAGACACUGUUUCUGGCACGAGAUGGUUCCAAUCCUCAGGGUACCUCACAAGUUGACACAUUCAGUAGGUGGACUGAACUCAUGUCUCCACUUGAUGACUCCUCAGCAAGCAUUACAGUGGCAAGCUUUUCAUCUGAAGACUGUUCGUCCCCUCAGGGGGAAUGGACAAUUCUCGAACUGGAAACCCAUCAUUAAGGUGUCAGCUGUUGGCAACUGAACUCCACCCCAUUCCCCAAAUCUAUUUUUGAUGAGUUGUUUCCAUACCAUAAUGAAAUACUGCAUCAGUCAAGAACGAGCAAUUCUUGAUACUGAGGCAAUCUUUCUGAUAAAAUGAGGUAAAUACGUUAACUUAUCAUCUAGAUUUAAUCACAAGUACAAUAAUUUUUCAAGACUUAAAUGUAUGUCUUUUCUAAAAAUGAACUUUGAGCAUGUAUUUUCUAGAAUUGUUAGAAAAACUAGAUGACAUGAAAUAGAAGUCUGGCUUUCUGCCCUCCCUUUUAUCUUUUUAUUUGACAUUUAAUGUUCUCAUUGAUCAAAAAUUUAAAGAUGAAUGCACUAUUAGUAGAGCUAUUCCUCUCCUUGCCUUCCCUCCCCAAUAUGGUGACUUCAUUUUACAACAAUAAAGAUUCAGAAUGGUUGUGUGAAAAGGUGAUGUGUGCCAACACUACUUUAAAUGACAGAAAAACAUACUUACAUUCAAAGAAAAUGUUUCAAUUUGAAUCUGCCUUGGGCCUUAUUGAUAUGAACAGCUUGUUUCAUCUGUUUCUUCCAGAUUUGAUUUUUGUAUUUUGGUUGGUUUUGUUUAGAAGUUUCCAAUAAAUUUUUUUAAUUGCCUUUUCUUCAAACACAAGACUUCAGAGGGUCUGUGCUGUAUAAGACCACUGUUUCUUUCAUGAAAAUGCACAUAUUUAAGUAAAUAUUUUAAAUGGUAUAGUGCAUGAAUUCAAAGGAGUUGGUAGAAUGUUGCUCUUGCUCUAAGAAACAGCAUGUCUGAUGUCUCCAGAAGUACAUCUCAAUCUGAAGUUGUGGUCAGUGUUAUAUCUGAAGUCUGAUGUUAACUAGAAUUACCUUCAGGCAUUAAUUACUUACACUUGCAUGUUCUCAUGCUGAAGUAUAGCAAGAUUUUCAGGAAUUUGGGUUUGUGUGUUUUCAUAGAUGCCAGAUUUUUGGGAGUAGUUAUAGGAUUCUUGCAUCUUCAUUAUUAUCUCUAGUGUAACUUUUAUAAAUUGAGACUAAAUGUCACCACAACCUUUUUUGACUCUGAGUGAAAUAGGAUGUACAGAUCAUUUUGCUGCUUUUGGCUCUUUGGAUGUGGACAGGACUGAUUUAUUGUCUUUUCUGAUUGACAGGGCAGGAAGAAGUGAGAAACUUCUUGUAAUUCUUACCAAUUCAUAGCUCCUGAAACAUACAGGGGUUUUUUCCCUACAAAGGUUGGACCCUCUUAAGAUAUGUGCAUUGUGGAAACAGUAGAGCUUGUCUUUCACACAGCUUAAAAUCUAAAAAGGAAGUAUUCUACCUCCUCUUAGUCAUUAACAGAAGUGCCUUCAGAAGUGGUGCCAUAUAGGAAGGAGUAAAAGGCUACUAACAUUCUAUUUUGGUUGAAACUGUAUUACUACACAACUUAAGACUGUAACCACUGAUAACAUGGUCAGUUUUGCAAGCUUUUGCACAAUUCCAGCAGUGCACCUUAACUUUUUUGACAAACCUCAUUUAUUUUGUUCAUAGUGUCAGAAACUCAGUUCUGUGGAAGUAAGAACUUGCCCUAGGGUAUGAUUAAAGAAGUUACAGCUUUGGAUUUGACAGAAUAAAGAUCUUUGAGGCAAAAUAAUGUAUUUAGCAAGGCACUUUGUUGAAUUUCUGGUACAAAAGUAAAAGUACUGUUUUAUUCUCAAAAUGAAUGGAGGAAGAAUUUAAUCUUGUUCUUUAAUAUCAAGUUAAGGGAAAAAAAGGAGAACCUUCCAUUUUCUUUAUGUCAGUGGAGGACUCUAAACUCAUGGAAGGAAGAUGUUCAGUCUCAUCAUAAAAAUCUUUCAUCUGCUCUUUUAGCAGCAGCAUAAAUAGUCCAAGAUACUGUAAUUCAAAAUGUUAUAAAUGUAAUAUUGUGGUAUUUAACCCAGUCAUCGUACUGAGGAAGUUGGAACCACCUUGAGAAGUGCAAAACAUCAAGAAAACCUAUUUUUCACCUUCACUGUUUACAAGGUACAUCAAUAGGUGAUAAUAUUUUGGCUAAAAUAAAGAACUAUAGUACUGGCCAUAGGAAAAGAUGAGGCUCAAGAGAAGGUCUUACAGAAGGCUAAGAAAUAGUCGUUUUCAAUGUCUGUGUAAAGCACUAAAGUAAAAGCUGUUUACCAAAAAGUUUAAUCAACUUUAAAAUCCUGAUGAUAUUCUGACAGUGGGCAUUCACAUGUUAAAGAAGAUGAAGUGAUGGAAAGGAGAAGUGAUAGAAGGGAUCCUUUUGUCUAUUUUUCACUUUGCCCAUAUUUUUAACUUCUUACUGAAUUGAUAAAAGUGACGCUGAAAAUUGACACAAAAUUUCAGGUCUAUUGUAUGAAAUACAAUCACAUAUGGGUUUUUUUUAAUUGUGGUUUUUGUCUUUGCAUUUACUUUUUCAGUUGUAUCAAAAUUAAAUUAGCUUCUCUCUUCAAGUCCCCAGUGGUGUUGUUACAAUUCCUUUACCAGUUUUGCAGCAGACAGCUGAUUAGGAUAUGGUAUUGUUCAGCUGGUACAUAGGCAGCCAUAGAAUGCAGCUUCCCACAGCCAAAGAGUGGCUGUAGAAGUAGCAGGAAUAGAAAGUGGUAUUGUUUUUGAUUUGUGUUACUAGAGUGCCUGUGAGGCGUAAUCAGACCAGCAUCCCACUGGCUAGACAUUGUACAAACAAAGGGCAAAAACAAAGACUUCCCACAGAGUGGUUAGAACCCAAGAUAAGACAAAAGACAAAAAAAAAUGCACAUGAAUGGAAAAGUAAAAUGAGAGUGUCAAUAUUUGUCUAGCUGAUUAGCAAUGGUUUUGGCACAUCAUCAGUUUAAAUAGUCAUUUUCUCUCCUGCAGGCAUUACGAGAAGGGGAAACUUUAGGGUGAAAUUUGAAGGCUGGAUAACAAGGGAGCUGGAAGAAUGUAUAGUCCUGACCAGCCUUAUGUGCUGCCUAAACUCUUUGACCCUGAGCUCAUUCUGAAUGUUCAAGCUUUAAGCCAGGUGUAGGUAGCUUUUUGUUUAAUAGUAUCAGUCACUUGAGUUCUUUGGAGUCCUUCUCAUACAUCCUGGCAGUGAUUUUAUCACUAUUCACCUCUUCCCCGAAACAUGAGAGAAUGGAUAAAAGUUUCUGAAGACUUCAUAGAGAAACAAUCAAACUGAUACCAUGGGGUACAAGUGAAUAGUGAUUAUGAGGUCCUGAAAGACCCGUAAAGCAGAGACAAGGGAGAUACAUCUGAUGAAACCGUGAAAGGGCAUCAGUCAGAAAACUAAAAAGAUGGCACAGUCAGAAUACUACCCUUGCAGCAGUAUUUGGAAUAAGAGCAGUGAAAUUGCUCUGUCAAAGCCUGAGAAGACCAGGUUGCAGGUAACAUGUGAAAGUGACAGCUUACCUAGAUUGUUCUGUGAAUAGGCAAAGAUGUUUGUAUGCUACAGAGUAACACCACGUUUAGUAAACUAUCAGUGAAAUUUAAAGGAGAGGACUUGGAAAUCACUCUCAGGUAAUGACUUAAAUCUAAUCUGGACUGGAGAAGCAGCUCUGCAGGGUUUUUACAUACAGAUAAUAGCUAAAAUUGUAUUCGUGGAGUAAAUCACCAACGUACUGCAGACAGAAAAGGGAAGGCAAGUGAGGAAGGGGGAAGUUCUUCCAAAUAAUCUAUUUUAAAAAAUAAAUUAGGAGAGCAAAGAAAAUAAAGAGAUGGAGGCAAGAGUCAAAUGAGAAUGAAAGUAUUUCAGGAAAACUGCACCACUGGCUUCAUUGGACAUAGCCCACAAGGCAGAUGAGUGUAAAAUAUCAGUUUUGAGGUUGAUUAGGAAAGUGUUCCUAGGGGCUAUGGUCAAAAUGAGAGAUUGGCCCACAGAGUCAAAGGCAACAGAUAGCAGUUUGGUAGAGCCUGACAGAACUGCAGGAAGGAAACUGAGCCUAACCACUAAGAGAGAAACAACAGUUAGAAAAGCAGAUCAGUUAAUAAUAUAUUUUGGUUUGCUUUUUCAGUGUAUGAGAUUAUACCAUGUUUAUAUAGUGUAGCAAAAGAAAUGCAGAGGCUGAGACACACAGUGAAGAUCAGAUGAGAUAAGUAAGCAUGAAAUGAGAUCAGCAGGCAGUCUGGACUGCUACAAGUGAUCAGAUAAGUGCAUAAAAAACCCAGACAUCUGCUUUUGUGGCAUAGGGGUAAUGGAAAGGACACUUUAUAAAUUCAUACGUUUUUCCCUUAGAAAAGCUUCGUCUAGAAUCAAAGAAUUACAGAAAAAUUGCAGAAAAAUCAUAGCAAUGCAGGAAAAGGCAGGCUUGAACUGACCUCUAAAGGUGUGGUCCAACCUCCUACUGCAAGCAGGGGUAACUUCGAAGUUAGAUCAGAUUCUUAGGGCCUCAUCAACAUCCAUAGCAUAUAAAAUGAGAAUAAAGUAAGCAGGUAGAAACACAAUGCUCAUGGGAAACAAAUAUUUGAGAUUAAACUAUUCUCGCUAUGAUAAAACUAUUUUAGGUGUUGUUGGGAAAUACUAAUAAUUGAGUACAAGAAAUAUGGCUAGCUUGCAAUGUUAAGUUCUGGAUGACAUGUGACUGAACUGUACAUGUUUAAUAAUCUUAUUCCAUACUUUUUAAGGUUUUAAAUUAUUUCAAAAUUAUACUCAAUCUUUGAGAUGGAAAAUUUUAUUAUAAUUUUGUAAGAACUCGGGCAAGAGAAUUUCCCAUGUUUCUCACAAAGACUGUCCCUAGGAUGUGCUCCCAUAGCAUUGUCUAUCAGUUUGUUUCAGGGAAUAUGUUAAAAAAAAUCACUUACCUGUUCUAGGUACAUACUGUAGGAGACUAUUUUAUAUAUAUUUCAAUAUUUCAAUAUAUAUUAUUGCCAUCUGGAAAACAAUAGGAAGCAUGCUCAUUCUACUUUGCUCCAGAAAACCUAAACCUUUGCAUGAAGGAAUUAAGAACUGCUCUUAUGUUGUUCAUCUGUUGCUCAGAACCAAGACAUUUAGGAAUUCAUUAUUUUGCUUUCACUAAUGUCAAAAAAACCUCUUGCUGACCUCAGCUGAAUCAGGUUCAGGGCUUGUCUAUAUUAAUGCAUGUACUAGAAAUGCUAUUUUUCCAAUGUAUCUAUUACGUAGUUUUCGAGUUUUACUCUACUAUUAAUAUUGUACAAUUGUAGGUAUGACAAAUUACUAGCUAGAAAGACUUCAAUUUAGGAGUCAUAAUUGUAUGCAUUCUGUUAAUGUUUCAUGACUGGGGUGAUUUAACAUUUGUACAUUGAUGGAUGAUGUUCUUGCCAGGACUAUAGAGGAACUGAGGACAAAAGAUAAAAUGAGAAAUAUCGCAGCUUUAUUACAACAGAUGAUUCUCUGGAAAUGGGCUUUUAGAUCUGAAAUCAACUAUAAUUAGAAGCUUUCAUCUCUUGCAGAAAAUCCAUACUGAUUUUCUUCUUUCUCUCUUGAACAAAAGCUCUGUGCGAUAUUUUUUUUAGAUAAGCUUUAAUGUUCAGCUUUGGAAAAAUUACAGCUCAGAUGUCUUCUUUAGCUAUUUUAAAACCUAGCUUCUUCCUAUUGACAACUACUGUAUGUUUAAGGAAACUAAACCUGUAACAGAGAAAAGUGAUUUAUCUAAAAACUGGAUAUCAGCUGGGGAAGAAUAUUGAGUUUGGUCAUUUCUUUGGCUUUUUACAUUUAGUAACUAAAACCAGAAGAAGCUACAUGGAGCAGGCGUGCGCACACACCUGUUUAUUUCUUGCAUUUGACUUUCCUUUCAUGCUUUUCUUUGCAAUCUGCACUGUACACUCCGUUAAGCCCCAGUUCUGCAAACACAGAAGUGAAUCCACAGCCACAUCUGCAGAUUGGCUUUCAGCUUGACAUUCUCUUUUCAGAGAGGGUAAUGGAGCUGACACUGGGGGCAGGCACUGUGCAUACUUGUGUUUUUAUACAGUACUCAAUUUAAUGAGAUUCUAAUCCUGAUGAACCAUCUAGAUGCAGUUAAAAUAUGAAAUAAUUAAAAUGGAAUUCCAUUAAAUUGCUCCUCUCUCUGUUCUCCUUAAAUGAUUGCUCAGAAGACUGUCCAGUUAGAGAAAUCAAAGUCCUAAGAAUCUAACUUUUUGCAUUACACGCAAAGAAAGUUCUUUCUCUAUUGCACAGUAAAAUAUGAAUACGUCUUCAAUAACUCAAACCUCAGUAUCUGGAGGGGCUGACUACAGCUCAGUAACUAGACACAUUGAACAAGGACACUGAUGGUCAAAAUAGGGUUUGCAUAAUUGCAAAUGAUGAUUGUAAGUAUCAUCUGUAAAACUGGACUGGAGUGCACAUUCUGUUCAGGUGAACUUCAACAGAGGUUCACAUGUACAAAUUUGGGGCUCAGCCCAAUUAUCCAGGCAGUCCAUCACACUUUGUAUUUAUGCACUCAGUGACAGUGACUACUCUUUCUCAGCUCCUGCUGAAGUUAGUGUGAGUGGUAUCAGAUGCACAUUUAUAAAGAUCACUUUAUUUGUCUGGACAGAAAGACUAGUUACUGUUCUAAAAAUUUUGGGUCAUGUACCUUACAUGAGAACACUUUUGAGUCCGAUCUCACCAACUUGCUUUAACCUACAAUAUCCUCACCUAUGCAAUCCUUAUGUAGGAAUUUUUGAACUUUCUUACAAUUGUGCUUUAUAAAAUCAUUUUCAUUCUUCACUUGUUUAAAAAUAGCCCUCUUUCGAGUGUGGCAUGACAUCCUGCCAGUAGAAUUCUAUCAGUGUGCUUAAGAUCAAUAUAGAUAGGACAAACUCUGUGUACAUGGCAGAUUCAGUGUAGGUAAUGUAAAAACUUUUUGUGA